GACAAUCCGCGACGCACACCAACGUCACCACACCGUCUGACGUUCGAUGAAAUUCUGCAAGCACCCGCCAGUUUCUUACACUUCAUGGAGUUCAUGGAACAGGAGAGGGCAGCAAGUCUACUGCAAUUCUGGGUCAAUGCAAACAACUACCGCAACUACAGCGAAAGUGCGGACGAGCAGAAGAAG